AUGGCUGGAUCAAGGUCGCUUCGGGCCUACAUCUGGUCCGACAAGUCGGCUGAAGAGAAGAAGCUUGUUCGCAAAGUUGACUGGUUCAUUCUGUCAUUUUGCUGUUUGAUGUACUUUUUCAACUAUCUGGACCGGUCGAACUUGACACAAGCCUACAUCUCGGGCAUGAAAGAAGACCUUGGCUUCAAGGGCAACCAGUUGACCCAAGUCACCACCAUAUUCACAUGUGGCUACAUAGUUGGCAUGGUCCCGUGCAACUUGGCUCUCUACUACGUCAGGCCCAGGAUAUUCUUUCCUUCCAUGACUGUUGUUUGGGCUGCUCUCACCAUGGUCACGGCAGCCGCAAGCAAGCCAGAACAUAUAAUGACGAUUCGAUUCUUCGUUGGCGUGGCGGAGUCUAGUACGUUUAUCGGUACCCAUUAUAUCCUAGGUUCGUGGUACACCGAGAGCGAGCUGGGCAAGAGAAGUGGUAUUUUCACUUCCUCCGGCCUGGCUGGAACCAUGUUUGGCGGCUUCAUCCAGUCUGGUAUCUACAAGAGCAUGAAUGGUCUCCAAGGACUUGCCGGAUGGAAAUGGCUUUUCAUCAUCGAUGGAAUAAUCACUCUACCGGUUGCUGUCUAUGGCUUUCUAUUGUUUCCAGAUACCCCCUCGACGACAACCGCACCGUACCUGUCCGCGGAAGAACGAGCUCUCGCUCUGUCAAGAGUACCUGAAGUGCCGGAGCAAAAGCCGAUAUCGCUGUCAUUCGUGAAGCGAGUCUUCAGGUCUUGGCAGUUCUAUGGCUUUGUGGUGCUUUGGAUCAUUGCAGGAGAGACAGAGAGCUUCAGCUCCAACAGUUUGUUGGCACUGUACAUGAAGGCAUCACCGUCAGAGCAUUACAGCGUGUACCAACUCAACAACUACCCCACUGGAGUUCCCGCCGUCGGUAUUGUGUCGACCCUGUUCUGGGCCACGCUCACCGAUUUCUACGGUGGCAAGAGGUAUCUGGUGGCUUAUUGGAUCGCCAUCACGGGUAUUGUUACCUCUGCCAUCAUUCUUGCACCCUCGACAACUGUUGCUGGGCACUUCGGGGCAUAUUACUGGGCAGGAUCGGUCUACGCUUGCCAAGCAACGUUCUUCGCCUGGGCGAACGAUGCCUUGAGAUACGAGGAGGAUUCUCUUCGAGCGAUUGUGAUCGCAUGCAUGAAUCUGGGAAGCAAUGCUGUCAAUGCAUGGUGGUCCAUCAUCUUCUAUUCGGCUGAUUUGGCACCCAGAUUUACGCGUGGUAUGUGGGCCAUGAUAGCAGUGAGUAUCGCAAUGGCCAUCUGGACAUGUGGCCUGCAAGUUGUCGAGAGAAAGUACCGGAAAACGACGCCUGUUGCUACUGGUGGACAGACAGUGUCCGAAGACCUUGUGAAGGAGACCAUGACUGGAGAGGACAAAAUAUAA